GAGACCGCAGCGGGUUUGAGUUUAGUCUUCAAGGUAAGUGGACAAAAGGGCGUCAGCAUGUCGUCGACGUGCCCGCUUGGUCUGCAGUAGUCUCUCUCGUCCUUCGCAUCUACUUGUACCCUGUGAACUUACCCUUCGCUUUGCGACCUCAGACGAAAGACACUCCCCAGCAUGGUUCACCUUGAUACUCCCGGACCGGACACCGGUAUCUUCACCACGGAAGAAGUGCGACCGCGAUCGAAGCCUUGCAAGUCUACAUCACGUAUCGUUUCUCUGCCGCGCAACCACUACAAAGAGCCGCCGAACCUGGCAGCAGGCUUCCGAUCACUCGACCUGUCAUGCGAAGCACCAGUCAGAGCGAAUCUAGUCGCAGACAAGAUUACCACCGACGCGUUUCGGAUAACUCUGGAAACCUGGGGCGAGAGGUCCAUCCUCUACUCUGCGAGCGCGACCUGGAUCGAGCACAAAGCCUACGCCAAAGACUGCCUGUUCGGUCAAUUCGACACACAUGACCUACCCGCAAAUAAUGGCGCAAGCAAGAAAGGAGCACAGCAAGAGAACUCGCGACACUUCACCUUUCCUCAAGCCUUCAAAGACGACUGCGAUGUCGUCUGCUGGUUGAACCGGAUAGACAUGGCCAGCGGUGACAGAAACUACAGGAUAAGAGCUUACGCUACCAACAUCACUCGCACGGGUUUUACGGCGCACAUCGAUACCUGGGGAGACAGCCUGCUCUUUGGAGGAGCAAUGUGCUGGAUCGCUUUCCCAAAGCGCAAACGUUACGUACAGUUUGGCAGCUUCCAAACAGGAGACGUCAGGAGUUGGAGCAACCCGAUACCAGAAACGACUUCGCAAGUCAAGUUCGACGAUGGCGCAUUCAAAUCGCAUAGACCUGCUCCAACGGUCUUGUGCGCUCUCAACAUGAUUGACAUGGCGGGUAACGCAGACUUGCGGGUUUCUGUUGAUGUGAACGAUGUUGAUACACAAGGAUUCCGUUGGUCGCUGAAGACUUUUGAAGAUAGUACGCUGUACGCAGCUGGUGCGAGUUGGAUAGCUCUUGGGUUUGCAUGAGCGGGGAAGGACGAGCUAUGAAUGUUUCGAGAUGGUGAGAGCAGCUGCAAGGCGCUGAGAAAGAGUCGGACUUGGUGACAUGGCGAGGGUAGAGGCUAAAGACUCGGCCGGUAAUAAGGCUUGCACAACCACCUAAUACUGUAUAACUACGUUAUUAUCUCAUUCGCAAUACGGCCUUGAUUUAACGUGUGCUUUGUAAUGUUUCAAAGUUGUCCUUCACCCAUGACAUGGUCUUGGUCCACGGCUGUGUUGCUGGUGAGGUGACAGGCGUGGGGGAGGGGCCAUGAGGUCGAAUCAGGAACCGUGUAACAAACAUGACAAGGCAGAAGCACACAAACAGUCAUCCAGCUUGUGAUGUUUCUUGCUUCAUUCGCAGCCUCUCAGAAAAGUGAUAUCAUCGGCCAUAAACAAAUGUGAUUUGCUGACGUUGGUUCGGCUGGCCGGUC